AUGUUCGACAACUUCACCUUCCACCAGGUGGAGGAGGUGCAUCGGACGCGCCAUCAUGUUGAUGACGCCAACAAAUCCGAGCCGCACUUGUCGCCAAACAACGACUAUGAUCCGGUAGAUUGGUUCUCGCCACAAGCCACUCCCGCAACGACCAAAUAUCGGCCCACGGAGGAGGAUAGCUCGAGCCAGCACGGCUCAUCGAAUUCGGACUCGGGCUCGGGUUCGACUGGUAUUGAUCACAUUGUCCGACAGAUGAGCAGGCAAACCCUAUUACCUUAUGUGCGAAGCAAUGGGCAAGUCAGGGCCGUGUCGCACAUGGAAGAUGUGUCUACCGAGUGGCCAUCGCUGGAUGAUGAUCCAAUAUCCAGCUUUGCCAUGCCCUUCAGGCGGACCCAGCUCCAAGUUCCCCGUGCUGCCCUCCGAAAUAUGUAUAGGGCCACGCCGCAGACACCCGAUGCGCCGGCACAGGAAACAACCUCCCCUGCCGAGCACGCCGCUGCAGAAGUCGCAUCAGAUGCGUCAAGGUCUCCCGCCCACCACCAAUUUCUGCCACAACCAGAAACUCCUGCAGAGCCUACAUCAUCUAAUCCUCGUGCUAUACGUGAAGCACUGGUAGAGUCCAUGAUAGCGCAUGGCGUGCAAUGCAAUGUUCAAUCAAACCCCCUACCAGCAGCUUCCACGGAUCCGGGGGUUCUUGUGGGUGGCAAGGUCCAGGCGAAGGCUGAUCAACCAAUGUUGGAUGCUGGCGCGGUGCAAGGCUUGUCCGACUCGCUGGAAGUGGGCGAUCCACUCGCCGACAACGAGGAGCUGGCGUUCAUGUGCAAGCUGGCCAGUCUACGCCAAGCAGGGAAACCAUCUGGCAUCCGCCGAGCGAAUGGCCUGAAUUAUCGAUCAUCUGCAGAAGCUGCCGCGCAUCUCAGCAAGAGAGGUCUGGUGCGGAACAAGCUCAAGAUGAGGAGGAGAGACAAGUCAAAGCCAACGGAUCCAAUUGAUCCAAAACAAAUGCUCACUCCGCCUCCAGAAGAGGACACGGCCAUGCCAAUAGUUGGAUAG